AUGGAAAUAGUUCGGGCUGCCUGGAGGUCUUCUCAGGAGUCAGCCUGGAUUCGAAAUCCAUUUGGUCGAACUAAGUCCCUUUGCAAGCGGACCCCGGAAAAGGCAGCUAUCCCUGUGAUGCUGGUGAAACGGAGUGGCUUGCUGAAGAAGAAAGUCCUAGUGGCCGGUCAAGGUAGGGAGACCCGGCCAGUGAAGAAUCAGGAUGUUACAAUUCGAUUAAAAGCAACGCUAGAGGAUGGCACAGUGGUGGAAGAGGACCCUAGCCUCACCUUCACGCUGGGUGAUUGCGAUGUCAUUCAGGCCCUGGACUUGUGUGUGCAGCUGAUGGAAACAGGGGAGACGGCCCUAAUUCAGUCAGAUUCCAAAUAUUGCUAUGGCUCACAGGGCAGAAGCCCGGACGUCCCGCCCGAUGCUGCCCUUACCCUCGAAGUGGAGUUACUGACAGCCCAGGAUGCCCCGGACUUGGAGCUGCUCAGCGGGAAAGAGAAAGUGAAGCUAGCCAACAACAAGAGGGAGCGGGGCAACUUCCACUACCAGCGAGCAGAUUACGUGCUGGCCAUAAACUCCUACGACAUUGCCCUGAAAGUUAUUGGCUCCAAUUCCAAAGUCGAGUUCAGCCCAGAGGAGGAGGCCGAGCUGCUGGACGUGAAGGUGAAGUGUCUGAACAACUUAGCAGCCUCUCAGUUAAAACUCGACCAUUACGAAGCGGCCUUGAGAUCCUGCAAUCAGGUGCUGGAGCAGCAGCCGGACAACAUAAAAGCCCUCUUCCGGAAAGGAAAGGUCCUGGCUCAGCAGGGGGAAUACAGUGAGGCUAUCCCGAUCUUGAAAGCUGCGUUGAAGCUGGAACCUUCCAAUAAGACCAUCCACAUGGAGCUCUCAAAGCUGGCAAAGAAGCACGCCGACCAAAAAAGCGUGGAGACUGAGAUGUACCGCAAGAUGCUGGGGACUGCUGGCUCCAGCGGACCCCCUGAUAAGUGUAAAGAUAAGUCCUCCCGGGCUAUUCCUUGGAAGUGGUUGUUUGGUGCCACGGCCGUGGCGCUGGGAGGCGUGGCCUUGUCAGUUGUCAUAGCCGCCAGGAACUAGCGCCGUUGCCAGCAGCCCAUUUUGGCGAACGGAGCCCCGAGAUCAGCUCUUCCCCCCAAAACCUUUUUCUCCCCGUAUCUGGCCCUCGAUGAUCACUACACAGCCCGGACUGUUAGGCAGGCUGGGGAAGGGGGGCGGGGCUCUGCUACUCCCACCCGGAAAUGUCACUGAACCAUUCCAUGGGAGCUGCCCCCUCCUGGUGGCGGUGAAGGCCUGCCGCUGGCUGUGUGGCUGGCGGGUGGGAAGCCAGGGGUGAGAAAAAGUCUGGAAGCCCUGGGAGUAUUUUCGGGGUGGUGCGGGAAAACUGGACCUACGUCUCUCAGCACCUUCCUGCCUUGGCCACGCUGCAGAAAUCUCUUUUGGAGUGCGCAUACAUGUGUCUCAUUUCCCUCCCGUUCUUUCCCGGGCUCCCUGGAUUCUUAUUUUUUGCUGAAAUUGUCCUUUUGUGAUCUGCUCUGUAGAGAGAGAGAGAGAGAGAGAAGAGUGCUGCGAAAAUUGAGCCAAUGGGGAGAUUGUGAAACCUAAGAGAAGGGAGAAGCUAGUGGCUGCCGGGAGGGGGAGGCAGAAAGGAGCUGGUGGGUGCAUCGGCUUUAUUUCUGGAAAGGGCACCUUCAGGGGCUGUUCAGGCCUGCUUUGGGCUACUAGGAUAACUCAGGGCUGACUAACAGCUCAUGCCAAUACCCUUUUUGUGUGGGGGUGUGUGUGUGAUUUUUGGUACGCUAUCUUACAGGAGAAAACAAAUUGAUGCUGGAGGAGGGUCUCGCCCUGUCUUGGUCACCUCCCUGACCUGCAAGACAAGCAGUCUCCCUCCCCCCCCCACGGGCAUAACAAUCUCCUGGAGUGUGCCUGUUGCCUCUCUGUUGAAUGUCGUCACCGAGAUCAAAAAUCUGAUUGAUCCCUCCUUCACCCUCUCGAAUCCCUGCCCUGCCAAGAUCACCCAGCCGCAUUUUCCCCCCUCUGUUUCCACAACUUCCCCAUCAUGCUUUGCACUGGCAACUCUCAGUGCCAACUGGAGCUAGCCCUGCGUUACCUGGAUAAACAGAUAUAUAUAUAUAUAUAUUUUUCAAAGAGUUGGCCUUCUUUCAGAUGUAAAAUGUGAACCGGCAACUUCCCGGCUGCCUCCAAUAAAACUGCCACCUCUCAACA